GGUUGCGCAGUUUAGAGCGCACGUUGGAGAGCUGAUAGUUGAAGAUUUAUGUUAGUCUAAGUGAUUUUUAUUUCUUUCUUGAUUAAUUUUUGUGUUGGUUUUUUUACGGGGAUGGUGAUAUGUGAGUAAAGAUCUUCAUCGGCGCGCAUGACGGCGCUAUUUGGAUGUAUGUUUCUGGACUUCUCAGCGUAUCAUGACCGUGCGCCUUAUUCCAUCUCCCCAAGUCUUUUCGUCUCUGCGUGAAGUUGAACGGAGGAGAAGGCGCGAUGAGGGGGAAAGUCUUUCUCCUCGGCUUCUUGUUGCUCAAACUUAUGGCUCUGGUGUGCAAGGCCGACGGGGAGCCGGGGCUGCUCGGGGGCUUCGUCAUGAUCGCCACCUCCAACGGUUCCCGCGAGGAGGAGAGCGUGUCCGAAGAGACGCCGCACACCGAGGACAAGUGUCGGGGCUACUACGACGUGAUGGGACAGUGGGACCCGCCGUUCACCUGCAAGACGGGUAACUAUCUGUACUGCUGCGGCACCUGUGGCUUCCGCUUCUGCUGCUCCUACAAACACUCGCGCCUGGACCAGAGCACCUGUAAGAACUACGACACGCCGGUGUGGAUGAAGACCGGCCAGACCCCUUACAAAAAAAUGAACAAGAUGCACGACAGCACCAAAGACAAGACGAACUUAAUCGUCUACAUCAUAUGUGGAGUAGUGGCCAUUAUGGCUCUGGUGGGGAUUUUCACCAAAUUGGGUCUGGAAAAGGCGCACCGGCCCCAGAGAGAAAACAUGACCAGGGCCGUUGCCAGUGUGCUGCAGGGCGGGUGUCCAGGUGAACAGUUUCGAGGGGAGGAGGCCCUAGGGAUGCAUUCGCAGCACUAUGUCUCCAGGACCACAAACCUCCAUCUUAUGUCAUCUCAGCUGGACUCACGGAUACUCAUAGGUGGCUCAUAUAACAUCCUCAGAGCUGGGAGAACACAUUCAUCCCUGCAGGGCUUUUUCCUAUAUUUUGUUACCAAUGACAGCUUUGG